AUGAACGAGAAGACGUCUGCGGACGUGAUCUCUCACAAUGAGAAUGUCGCCCCGAUCACCAAGCCCGAGCUGCCUCAUGCGGCUCGCGGGCCAGCCCUCAAUCUGAUUGAGAAUCCUCUGACGCGCAAAUCUCCAGAGCAGGUCGUUCUUGACGCUCGCACGUUCGCCGACUCCCACGGCAUGCCCGAGCACGCCGAUCUCAUCGCUCGUGCUGCCCUGGUCGCGCGGGACCCUCAGAGGUUCGAGUCGAUCCCUGAACUCAACGACCAGGACCGCGCUGCGCUUAUCUACGAGAGGGAUCACAAAUGGCAUGGCCCAUUCAUGCUCUGGUACUCAAUUGCCCUGUGUGCGAUUGGCGCCGCGACGCAAGGUUGGGAUCAGACCGGCUCCAACGGAGCGAACCUCUCUUUCCCCCAGGAGUUUGGCAUCGCUGGGGACGGUAAAGAUGAGUGGAUUGUGGGACUGGUCAACGCCAUCAUUUUCUUGACGGCUGGGAUGAUUGGCGCCUUCAUUGUCGAUCCGCUCAACCACUACCUGGGCCGAAGAGGCGAGAUCUUUGUCACUGCGUGCUGUCUGACCGCCACCCCCAUUGGAUCUGCAUUCGCCAAGUCGUGGCAAGGAUUGUUCGCUGCUCGGUUCGUGAUGGGCAUCGGGAUUGGGGCCAAGAACGCGACGGUCCCGAUCUACUCGGCGGAGAUGGCGCCUGCGCGCAUUCGAGGUGCUCUGGUCAUGUUCUGGCAGUUGUGGGUCGUCGCAGGUAUCUUCUUGGGCUUCGCCGCCAACGUGAUCGUCAAAGACACCGGUCGCAUCGCCUGGCGCCUGCAACUCGGAUCCGCCUUCAUUCCAUCCUUCAUCCUGGGGCUGGGGAUCUUCUUCUGCCCGGAAUCCCCUCGCUGGCUGAUGAAGCACGGCCGGUACGCCCAAGGCUUCAAGUCGAUGCUGCGUCUGCGCGCCCACCCCAUCAUCGCCGCCCGAGACUACUACUACUCGUAUGUGAUCUACGAGGAGGAACUCCGGGAAGCGCGGGGCGCGGGCUAUUUUGCUCGGAUGUGGGAUUGCUUUGCCGUGCCUCGCAUCCGCCGGGCCAACUACGGCGCCUCGACCGUCAUGAUCGCCCAGCAGAUGUGCGGCAUCAACAUCAUCUCGUUCUACAGCUCGACCAUCUUCGAGAAUGCUGGAUAUAGCGCGACCCAGGCGUUGUACGCCUCGCUGGGCUACGGCGCGAUCCAGGUCGUCUUCACCAUCCCGACCGUGUUCCUGAUCGAUACCAAAGGACGCCGGACUCUGACUCUGAUUACAUUCCCCCUCAUGUGCAUCUUCCUCCUGGCGGCCGGUCUCUCCCUAUUGAAAGACACCGGUAGCAAGGGUGCGCAGAUUGGCCCCGUCGCUCUGUUCGUCUACCUCUUCACUAUCUGCUACUCCCUAGGGGAAGGGCCGGUGGCGUUCCAGUACUCGGCCGAGGUGUUCCCGACCAUCCAGCGUGAGCAAGGUAUGGCCUGGGCUGUGUGCAUCAACAAUACCUUCGCUGGUAUCCUCAGUUUGACCUUCCCUCGGAUGAAGACCGUCAUGACUCCCACCGGUGCCUUCGGAUUCUAUGCGGGUCUGAACUUGAUCGCCUGGUUCAUGAUCUUCUGCUUCGUGCGCGAGACCAAGCAGCUCACCCUGGAGGAAAUCGAUCAGGUUUUCUCCGUCCCCACGAAGAAGUUCAUCAACUACGAGUUGACGGUGUGGCUGCCGUGGUUCAUCAAGCGAUACAUUUUCCGGCAGAAGAUCGAGCGCCCGCCGCCGCUGAUUGCGACGGCAGGGCAUUCCGACGAUGUCGUCCAGGUCUUGUAG